GGACCAAGCCCAACCAAACAUAAAGGCGUAGAAGCCACCACCGCCUCCGGAUGCGCCUACCCUCCAUAUCCUUUUCGUUUUCCUGUUCUUCUUUAACUUAUCAAUAAGCCUCAGCUGAGCUCACAUCAGAAAAGAGCGAAAUGGCAUCUCUAACCAAAUCCCUGUUUUGCACCCACCAUCUCGCCCAAUUCCCACCUGUGCCUCUUCUCUCAUUCACUCAGAGCCUCAAACCAAUCCAGUUAAAGCCAAGGUCUCUGACUUCCCUUAAAAGAAACAACCACACAACCUUAGCGGUGAAAGCCCAGACCUUCGACUUCUCUGGUUCAUUCUUUGAGUCGGAUGAGUUUGGUUCGGACGAUGACCCUCCGUCCCAACCCGGGCCUGGCAUAACCGCCUUGGAAGAUAAAGAGGAACCCCAGUGCCCACCGGGACUCCGACAGUACGAGACAAUGGCAGUUUUAAGACCCGACAUGUCGGAAGACGACAGGCUCGCUCUUACCCAGAAGUACGAGGAGCUUCUUGUCGCUGGGGGUGGCAUGUAUAUUGAGGUAUUUAACAGAGGGGUCAUCCCACUGGCCUACAGCAUCAAGAAGAAAAAUAAAGAUGGGGAAACCAACACUUACUCGGAUGGCAUUUACCUCCUCUUUACCUACUUUACGAAACCGGAAUCAAUGGCAGCUCUUGAGGUGGCGCUGAAUACAGAUGAUGAUGUUAUUCGAUUCUCCAGCUUCAAGAUCAGGAAGAGGAAGUAUUAGUUUAGUAUGUAUGUUUUCUGUAUCUUUGAGAUGAAGAUGAUUAGGAAAGGAAGAGCCCCAUCAACUUUGUGAUUUAAUAUGGAUCUUUUUCGUUCCUUAAAUAUUGCAGUUUGCUUUCUUUUUGUAAAAUUUUAUGGAUCAAUGACAAUAGAAGGUACAUAUGCAAUUGCUGAACCAAGGAAAA